AUGUACAUGAAGAAGGUGGCUACUUUGGACUCCGAGACUCUUGACAACGAGAGCAAUAAUGUUUACCGGGUUCCCGGAACCAUCUGUUAUGAGAAGGAGGAGUUUGAGGCCCUUCCACAUGGUAUCGCUCUCAAGAAUGAGCCCUGGUACAACCUGACAAGUGGACCUUAUAGCCAAGUUCCGGCGGUAUGGCCGGACCCGUCAGACCCGUCGGAUCGGCGGCCGCUAUCCGGAAUCAAGGUCCUAGAACUCGCCCGUGCCAUCUCGGCACCGACCAUCGGUAGGGUCUGCGCUGCGCUCGGCGCCACCGUUAUUAGGGUGAGCUCAGCUACCAACACGGAGCUUCCCAUUACUCUCAUCGAUGGAUGCGUUGGCAAAAUUAGCGUUGAUAUUAACCUCAAGACGUUUGAGGGCCGUAAGAAGCUCUUGGAGCUUAUCAAAGACGCCGACGUUUUCAUUGAUGGCUACCGGCCGGCCGUGCUGGAGCAUCUCGGUUUUGGCCGGGACGCUGUAUUCGGCCUGGUGGCCAAACGUGACCGUGGCAUCGUAUACUGCCAAGAGAACUGCUAUGGCUGGAAAGGGCCGUGGGUGACCAGGCCUGGCUGGGCUCAGAUUGCUGAUACCGUCACCGGAAUCGGCCUGGCUGUUGGGAGAUUUAACGGCUUCGACGAAGCCCACAUCUUCCCAGGACCCAACGCCGACUAUUUGACUGGACAUGCCGGUGCCGCAGGAGUCCUGCACGCUCUCCUACUCCGAAGCCAGAAGGGGGGUUCUUACAAUGUGCAGUGCUCUCUGGUCAUAUCAGACCUGCACAUGCAGAAGUACGGAGUGUAUAAUGAUGAUCAGAUCGAGAAGCUGAAGAAGCGCAACCCGGAACUCGUCGGCCACAUGAGACACUACGACGAGAUCGUGUCUCACGGCCGGAACCGUCACUGUGUCCGUGGAUUUAUCGCCGAUCGGACCUUCGAGGAGGCGCUUCCCAAGAGCUUCUACCAAACCCUGAGCGGUAAGGGAUGGGGGCUCUCGGACAUUGAGGUGGUACGGCUACCUCUCCAGCUUUCCAAGACCAAGACCGACUUCCCCGUUGGUGCUUUCCCCCCGGGUUACCAUCUGCCGAAGUGGGUGCCGGAGGACAACUUGAACUUUGAGAAAAUAGUCCCUCAUUCGGCUACUAGCUAG